AUGGACUACGACACCGAAGGCGGCGCAAUCAACGUGCGCUUCUUGCAGGCCGACAACCAGCGUGCCCAGUUCAUCGUGCAGAACUUCAACCUCGAGACGGCCAACUCAGUGCGGCGAGUGAUGCUGGCUGAGAUCCCCACGCUCGCCGUCGAUGUCGUAGAGGUCAUCGACAACACCUCCGUGCUCGCUGACGAGUUCGUGUGCCACCGCCUCGGCCUCAUUCCCCUCUCGUCAAGAGGCGUCGAGGACCUGCUGUACUCGCGCGACUGCGACUGCGAAGGCUACUGCGACAACUGCUCUGUCGUCCUCACCCUGAACGCAAAAUGCACAGGCAGCGAGAUCAUGAAGGUGUACGCGCGAGACUUGGUGAUUGAGAGCAACAGGCCGAACGACGAGGUUGGGCGACCCGUGAUUGUGGAUGCAGAUGGCACAGGGAGCUGCAUCGUGAAGCUGCGGAGAGGGCAGGCAAUCCACAUGCGCUGCAUCGCAAAGAAGGGCAUCGCAAAGGAGCACGCAAAGUGGGCGCCAUCUUCGGCGAUAGGCUUCGAGUACGACCCUGCGAACAAGCUGCACCACCUGGACUACUGGCACGAGGAGGAUGCCGAAGCGGAGUGGCCCAAGGACCAAGACCGCAUCAACCUCGACGGCGGCCCAGCCAACCCCGAUGAGCCCUUCGACUACAACGCAGUACCAACCCGCUUCUUCUUCGACGUAGAAACAGUCGGCGGCCUAGAUCCAGACCAGAUUGUCACACAGGGCAUUUCAGUUCUGCAGACGAAGCUGGCGGAAGUCAUCAAGGAGCUCCAGGGAGGCUCGGGGCCAGACGGCGUAGGCUUCGAGGGCGCGCAAAGCCCCACGAUGAACGGAGGCUAUGGCGGUGGACCGGAGGCUGGAUACACAACACCCGGAUACGGCGGCGCGAGUCAAUGGGGCGGCGCAGGCGGUGCGCAGGGCGGCACGACACCGUACGGUGCGACGCCUUAUGGAGGAUCAGGGUGGUAG